UCAUCAAUGAAAUACAUGCAGGAGAAAGCAAAGUCACCUACAGCUCAGAAAUUGUCCCUUUCAAGCCCCCCUAUAAAACUAGUUACCCUGCCCUCCCCAUCUUCAUCAUCAUCAACAUACAGUUACAGCAACCACAAAAAAAGGAGAGUUAAAAGAGUUUUUAAAAAGGAAUCUGCAAAAGAAAAUUCAUCAACUUGUACAAGAUUUGGAGCAACAUUGAAGGAUAUAGCAAUGGAAAGGAGAGUGAAUUACGAGAAUGAUCUCAAUCUCAUGGCAACUGAGCUAAGAUUGGGAUUGCCUGGUUGUGGUGAUGAUGAGCCCCAAAGAAAAACAAAUCCCAGUAUCAGAAAUAAUAAAAGAACUGCACCUGAGAUUUCUGAGGUAUCGAGUUCUGAGAGCAGUUCUAGCAUUACAAUGUCUGGGAGUGAUGAUCAAGACAGUCCCCCUCCUGCCAAGGAACAUGUCGUAGGAUGGCCACCAAUCCGAUCAUACAGGAAAAAUUGCUUACAAAGUUCCAAGAGAAAUGAAGUUGAAGGGAUGGGGAUGUAUGUGAAAGUAAGCGUUGAUGGAGCUCCUUAUCUCAGAAAGAUUGAUCUCAAGGUUUAUAGGAGCUAUCCUCAACUCCUCAAAGCUUUGGAAAAUAUGUUCAAGCUCACCAUUGGUGCAUACUCAAAGAGGGAAGGCUACAAUGGAUCUGACUAUGCUCCUACUUAUGAAGACAAAGAUGGUGACUGGAUGCUUGUUGGAGAUGUUCCCUGGGAGAUGUUCAUUUCCUCCUGCAAGAGGCUGAGAAUCACGAAAGGAUCAGAAGCUAGAGGGUUGGGCUGUGUAUGAGCCACCAAAUUAUUUAACAAGAAGGAAAGUUUUCUUUGGCUUUGGAUAAUCCAAAUUCUACAAGGAAGAUCAAUUUGGUCUUCCUGGAAAGUGAGGGGGCUAUUUGCUAGAGCAAAUUUUCUCAAAGAUUUGACGACAUGGCUGGCCUUUUUAGCCUCCUCUAUGCAUGUCAAAUAUCUAUACUUGUUUUAUAGCACAAAACCAAAAAGGCACGAUAUUAAAGAAUAGUUAAGAUCCAAUCCAAUUGUACAAAACGACAUACACUAUUGCUUUAUCAUUUUUUCCAGUAUACGAAGAAGAUUAAAUAAAAAGGCAAUAGAAUACAGUUUAUGCA